CGCCUUCCCACGCACUUCUGGUUUCGCGCGAAAAGCCGACCCGCGCGCUUUUUACUGGUUGUAUAUCCAUUCCUCAGGAAGAUUGUGAUUGUAGUUGUAUUUUUUUAAUCUGUGGUAUAAUUUUUUUACUGCUGUGUGUUUUAAAAUCAGGUUAUAUAUCUUUGGAAGAACAAUAUCAGCUAUGCCUGCUAAAACAGCCCUGUCCCUUCCUGAAGAUGUGAGGAAACGGCUUGAAGACUUGGAAAAAGAGUGCGAUGGAUUGUCUGAGAAGGAGUGUGUGAAAGAAAAGUUGAGUUUGGUGCAUGACUUUCUACAAGCAGAUGUGCAAAAUCGACUGAACAAACUGCAGUCCAGGCUACAGAAGAGAGAGCUUUCUGAGGAAGGAUAUCUUACCAAAGUAAAAAUGCUACUACACAAGGUGCUGCUGUUGGAAGGCGCAGACUGUGAAUUAAAUGAUAAAGCAAAUGGAUGUAUUGAAAAUGGGACUGACUUGAGUGAUGAGGAGACUCUGAAAAAUGGCCAUGAUGAGGCAAAGGAGACUUCCAUGGAAACUGAAGAAAUAGUUUCGCCUACAUCAAAGACCAGCAAGGGCAGAAAGAGUAGCACCGAAAGAAAAAGUAGCACAGAAAGAAAAAAAAGUUUGUCAAGUUCAAGAACCACCAGGAGUAGUGGGAAGCAGCCAACCAUCCUGGAAAUGUUUUCUAAAGGCUCUGUGAAACGAAAGUCUGACGAAUUAAAUGGGGAAGAAAAGCCAAAGGUCAAAAAGGAAGAAAAACCUGAGCCUACAAAGGUCAAGAAGGAAGAAAAGACUGAACCUACAAAGGUCAAGAAGGAAGAAAAGGCAGAUUCCAAAAAGGAAGAAACAAAAGUUGAUCCAGAUUCAGCAGAAGAGAAUGGUCAAGAUGAAAAGAAAAUAAAACUUGAGUGUCCAAAUGGAGAUAGUAUUGAAGAGUGUGAUGCAGAUGCAGCCCAGAUGAAAGCUCCUCCACCAGUUAAGACCCCACCACCCAAGUGCAUGGAGUGUCGCCAGUAUUUGGAUGAUCCUGACCUCAAGUACUUCCAGGGAGAUCCAGAUGAUGCACUGGAUGAACCAGAGAUGCUAACUGAUGAGAGAUUGUCUAUUUUUGAUGCAAAUGAAGAUGGUUUUGAAAGCUACGAUGACCUCCCUCAGCACAAAGUCACUUACUUCAGUGUCUACGAUAAGAAAGGCCACUUGUGCCCUUUCGAUUCUGGCCUCGUUGAGAAGAAUGUGGAACUUUACUUCAGUGGUGUUGUGAAACCGAUUUAUGACGACAACCCCUGUCCCGAUGGUGGUGUUAGAGCGAAGAAGAUGGGCCCAAUCAACGCGUGGUGGGUUACUGGAUUUGAUGGUGGUGAAAGGGCCUUAAUUGGCUUUACUACAGCAUUUGCGGACUACAUCUUGAUGGAGCCUAGCGACGACUAUGCUCCUAUCUUUGCCCUUAUGCAGCUGAAGAUCUACAUGAGUAAAAUAGUAGUAGAGUUUCUACAAAAGAACCCUGAUGCCACAUAUGAAGAUCUCCUCAAUAGGAUAGAGACUACUGUUCCACCAGCAGGGUUAAACUUUAACCGUUUUACAGAAGACUCUCUGCUGCGCCAUGCUCAGUUCGUGGUGGAGCAGGUUGAAAGUUACGAUGAAGCUGGUGAUUCAGACGAGCAGCCAGUUAUCCUUACUCCUUGUAUGAGAGACUUGAUCAAGUUAGCUGGUGUCACCCUUGGGAAAAGACGAGCUGCAAGAAGACAAGCCAUCAAACAUCCUACUAAGAUUGAAAAAGAUACUAAAGGACCAACCAAGGCCACAACUACCACACUGGUCUCGCAGAUUUUUGACACAUUCUUCACUGAUCAGAUUGAACUAAAUGACAAGGAAAAUGCUUCCAAGCGUAGACGCUGUGGAGUUUGUGAGGUUUGUCAGCAGUCAGACUGUGGAAAGUGUAAAGCCUGCCAAGAUAUGAUUAAGUUUGGAGGGAGUGGACGAAGCAAGCAAGCUUGCUUGCAGAGAAGAUGUCCAAACCUUGCUCUAAAAGAGGCAGAUGAAGAUGAUACAGAUGAAGCAGAUGAUCUUGUCCCUCAUAUGGCUUCUCCAAAGAAAAUGCUGCAGGGCAGCAAGAAAAAACAGAAUAAGAACCGUAUCUCUUGGGUGGGAGAGCCUGUCAAGACUGAUGGGAAGAAAGAGUACUACCAGAAAGUCAGUGUUGAAGACGAAGUCCUGCAACUUGGGGAUUGUGUGUCUGUCAGUCCUGAUGACCCAACAAAACCUCUCUACCUGGCCAGAAUUACUGCACUAUGGGAAGAUUUUAAUGGCAAAAUGUUCCAUGCUCACUGGUUUUGUCGAGGCACCGAUACUGUUCUUGGAGAGACUUCAGACCCACUGGAACUGUUCUUGAUGGAUGAAUGUGAGGACAUGCAGCUUUCCUAUGUACAAGGACGCGUGAAUGUGCUUUAUAUAGCUCCAUCUGAAAACUGGUUUAUGGAGGGAGGAAAGACAACAGAAUUAAAACUAGUUGAAGAUGAUGGGAAAACUUACUUUUAUCAAUUGUGGUACGACCCUGAAUAUGCAAGGUUUGAGACUCCUCCUAAAUGUGCCCCAACAGAAGACAACCAAUAUAAGUUCUGUGCAAGCUGCAUUCGCCUAGCUGAAAUAAGGCAGAAAGAGAUACCAAGAGUCCUAGACCCCACUGACCAAAAAGCAGAUGAUUCCAAGGUGCAUUAUAGCUUGGCCAUAAAAAAUGGCGUAGAGUACCGUGUUGGAGAUGGGGUUUUCCUGCUGCCUGAAGCAUUUCAGUUCAGUGUGAAGCCAGCAAGUCCAGCUAAACGACCCCAGAGAAAGGAUGUGGAUGAGGAACUCUACCCUGAAUAUUAUAGAAAAUCUUCUGAUUACAUAAAGGGCAGUAACCAAGAUGCUCCUGAGUCUUUCCGGAUUGGUCGUAUUAAAGAAAUCUACUGUAAUAAAAGAAGCAAUGGAAAACCAAAUGAAACUGAUAUUAAAGUUCGUAUUUACAAAUUUUACAGACCUGAAAACACACACAAGGGUGUUAAAGCAAGCUACCAUUCUGACAUAAAUCUUCUGUACUGGAGUGACGAGGAGGUGACCGUGGACUUCAAGGAUGUCCAGGCACGGUGUUCUGUUGAAUAUGGAGAGGAUUUGAAUGGAUCCAUCCAAGAAUAUUCUUCUGGAGGAUGGGACAGGUUCUACUUUCUGGAGGCUUAUAAUCCGAAAACUAAAAGUUUUGAAGAUCCUCCAAAUCAUGCCCGAAGUGCUGUGAAUAAAGGCAAGGGGAAAGGAAAAGGCAAAGGAAAGGGCAAAGGAAAAUCUGGAGCUACAGAGCAGACUGAACCAGAGACUGCAGAGGUGAAAGUUCUUAAGCUGCGCAGCCUUGAUGUUUUCUCUGGCUGUGGAGGAUUGUCUGAAGGUUUUCAUCAAGCAGGUAUUUCGGAAACCAUGUGGGCUAUAGAGAUGUGGGAACCAGCAGCCCAGGCAUUCCGACUGAACAAUCCUGGCACCACAGUUUUCACAGAGGACUGCAAUGUCUUGUUAAAGCUUGUCAUGGCAGGAGAAAGGACUAACUCAUUGGGACAGAAGCUCCCACAGAAGGGCGAUGUUGAACUGCUUUGUGGUGGCCCUCCUUGUCAAGGUUUUAGUGGCAUGAACCGUUUCAACUCACGGACUUACUCCAAGUUCAAGAACUCCUUGGUGGUCUCUUUUCUUAGCUACUGCGACUACUACAGACCAAGGUUUUUCCUGCUGGAGAAUGUAAGGAACUUUGUAUCUUUCAAAAGGUCCAUGGUACUGAAGCUUACACUGAGAUGUCUAGUACGCAUGGGAUAUCAGUGCACAUUUGGGGUUCUUCAGGCUGGUCAGUAUGGAGUACCACAGACUCGUAGACGAGCUAUUAUACUUGCUGCAGCUCCUGGAGAGAAACUGCCAAUGUACCCAGAACCUCUUCAUGUUUUCGCACCCAGGGCAUGCCAGCUCAGUGUAGUAGUUGAUGACCGAAAACUUGUCAGCAAUAUCACAAGGUUAAGUUCUGCUCCAUUUCGAACUAUUACAGUUCGAGAUUCAAUGUCAGACUUGCCAGAGGUCAGAAAUGGAGCAUCAGCAUUGGAAAUAUCCUACAACGGUGAGCCACAGUCCUGGUUUCAGAGACAAAUUAGAGGAUCUCAGUACCAGCCUAUCCUCCGGGACCAUGUUUGCAAGGAUAUGAAUGCAUUGGUAGCAGCUCGAAUGAGGCAUAUACCCUUGGCCCCAGGGUCAGACUGGCGGGAUCUGCCUAACUUUGAAGUACGGUUGUCAGAUGGCACUUCAACGAGGAAGUUGCGAUAUACUCACCACGAUAAAAAGAAUGGUCGCAGCAGCAGUGGUGCACUACGUGGGGUCUGCUCAUGUGCAGAAGGUAAACCCUGUGAUACUUCUGACAGACAAUUCAAUACUCUGAUACCCUGGUGCCUGCCUCACACAGGAAACAGACACAACCAUUGGGCUGGGUUGUAUGGAAGACUGGAAUGGGAUGGAUUCUUCAGUACCACAGUGACCAACCCUGAGCCCAUGGGCAAACAGGGUCGUGUACUUCAUCCAGAACAACAUCGUGUAGUCAGUGUACGAGAGUGUGCACGUUCUCAGGGUUUCCCUGACACUUACAGAUUGUUUGGAAAUAUCCUCGACAAGCACAGACAGGUUGGCAAUGCUGUCCCACCUCCAUUGGCUAAAGCAAUUGGCAUGGAGAUCAAAUUAUGUCUGAUAGAACGUCAGAAAGAAUUAAUUGCAGAUAAUUUAAAGUCAGAGAAGAUGGAAACAAAGUAGAAGAUGGGAACACAUUAGUUUUGAACUCUGAGCUUGAUGUUUCUGUCUUAAUUGUAGGGUCCUUAAUGGUUCUGCUGUAUGACAUCACAGCUCCUGCUUGUUCAUGCUGGCAACCAGUUCUCAACUCCAUUUCAGACCAUGUACUUGACUAUCAAUUGUGCAGUGCAGUUUGUGCAUUGACAGUUUUUAUGGAAAUAAGUGUUUUUAAUAUGCAGUGUAUUUGAAAUGAUCCACUUUUCUGCAGGUUGGAUCUAAAUUUUAUGUAGUUUUUAUAUAUUGUAAUAUUCAAAUAAAUCUGUAAAUUAAA